UAGAAAUAUGCACUGAUCCCUAGGAGAAAGAAAAAUACUAUGAUAAAUCUAAUAAAGAAAAAGCCUAGUUGAGUAACAGUUCAUAACCAGUAUAUCACCUUAACCAUUUUAAAAGCUAAUGGUCCAAAUACUGUAAAACCUCUGUGCUACUUACAACAACAAGGCUCUCCCUCAAAAUAUUGUCGUCCAGGAGGGAAAAUCCUCAGCUGGAGGACUCUAAUUUCCAGCAGAGAUAGCAUUCCAUAUACUCUUUUUCCUUUGCUUUUAAGUGAUGCCCAAUCAAACAUCAGUCACUGAAUUUCUUCUCCUCGGAGUGACAGACAUCCAAGAACUGCAGCCUUUGCUCUUCGUGCUUUUCCUCACAAUUUACCUGGUCAUCAUGGCUGGGAACGGAGCCAUCCUGAUGGUUGUCAUCUCUGAGCCAAGACUCCAUUCUCCUAUGUAUUUCUUCCUGGGAAACCUGUCCUGUCUAGAUAUCUGCUACUCCACAGUGACGCUGCCAAAGAUGCUGGGGAACUUCCUCUCCUCACACAAAGAAAUUUCUUUCUGGGGAUGCAUAAGCCAGCUUCAUUUCUUCCACUUCCUCGGCAGCACAGAGGCCCUGUUGUUGGCCGUGAUGGCUUUUGACCGCUUCGUGGCUAUCUGCAAACCACUUCGUUACACUCUUAUCAUGAAUCCUUGGGUCUGUGCUCAAAUGGCUGUCACUGUCUGGAUCACUGGUUUUCUCUAUGCCCUUCUGCACUCCGUAAUGACCUCUCGCUUAUACUUCUGUGGUUCCAACUACAUCCAUCACUUCUUCUGUGAUAUUAAGCCUUUGCUGAAGCUAGCCUGUGGGAACAUUGAGCUUAACCAGUGGCUGCUCAGCAUUGUCACGGGGACUAUUGCCAUGGGUCCAUUCUUUCUAACACUUCUCUCCUAUGGCUACAUUAUCACCCAUCUUUCCUUCAAGACCCAUUCUUGCAGCAUGCUUCAUAAAGCACUGUCCACUUGUGCCUCCCACUUCAUGGUAGUUGUUCUUUUCUUUGCUCCCGUUGUUUUCACGUAUAUUCGUCCUACCUCAGGUAGCUCCAUGGACCAGGACAGGAUCAUUGCCAUUAUGUACAGUGUGGUCACUCCUGUACUAAAUCCACUCAUCUAUACUUUGAGGAACAAGCAAGUAAAAGGAGCCUUAAGGAGGGUGAUCAGAAGGAGGCUCUGACUUGAAGGAGUCUAGAGAAGUCUUCUGAGGCAUAAAAAAAGGCAAUGAGAAAGUUGAAAUGUGAAAUUACACUGCUUCUCAAAUAAUUUACCAUAUAUAUAACAGAGGGCACUGGAUAAAAAAUAAAUGUGUAGGUCUAUUCAAGUUGUAUUAAACAAUGCAUUCUUAGGUGAUAGAAAGGGAAGUUGAACAAAUGAAACACCAGCCAUGGAACUCUAAUUCUGAAUUUGUGAGAUAUCAGGUGAAUAAACUGAUUUGCUAUAUAUUCUAAUGUGUUCACCUCUGUAUUUACAUAUAGAAAUAUGCCUGUGUUGCCCAUGAAGUGUAUGAUAGAUAGUUUUAAAAAUUGUUUAUCUCUAUGAUUCCUCCAAGUUGGUAAUUUUAGAACAUUUUUAAGGAUUUUAAUUUAGGACCAU